GCUGUCCUUGGCCCACCAAGGAGCCGUAAUGGCGUCCAGAUUAGUGAGGGAAUAUUGGGACAUCCCGGACGGCACCGACUGUCAUCGCAAGGCUUAUGUCACCACCAAGAUGGGCAGUGGCAUCGGCUUGAUUGCCUCGGCUUACAACCUUGUAUUUUAUCCACCUGAGUCGCUCAUCGAAGGAAUGCAGAGGGCAGGGAAAUACACAUUUACCAUGGCUGCAGUCGGUGCAAUGUUCGGCAUCACUUCCUGUAUCAGUGCCCAGGUCCGGGAGAAACCAGAUGACCCCCUAAACUACUUCUUUGGCGGUUGUGCUGCAGGACUGACCUUCGGAGUGCGAACUCACAAUUACAUGACCGGCGCGUCAGCCUGUAUGUACCUGGGGGUGGCAGCAGCACUGUUGAAGAUGGGCAAGCUGGAGGGCUGGCAGAUAGGGGGACCUCCCCGACUCUAAAUGGAAAGAAGAAAGGAACCCUAAAAUUGCCUUGCCCUGCUCUAAUAAAUAAAGCUGUCCGUGGUUUGUUUAACAGCGA